UAGACAUGAGAGGCGGUGCGUAAACAGAGCAGGCGAAGAUGGCGUCGAAUAAGAAGAGUGGUGGGAAUAGCAGAUUUGAGAAAGGUGUGAAUGGAAGACGGUCAUCCAAACACAAAGAGGGUCCAGUGGUGAUGGACACCAAGGCUGUGUUUGCGGCCCUUUACAGUGUGUGCGAAGAGAAUGCCACAUUCUUCUCAGGAGGGGCCAAGGGAUCGCAAGGUGAUGCGGCGAAGCGGCUGGUGGACACCAUGAAUCUCAUCCAGGAGCACGCUCGCAGUCUGGAGCCUGUUAUCUCCGGAUUUGCUGCGGUCUACCAUCAUUUUGACUUUGAUCCGCACAUACCUGCUAAUGGUUAUCGCUCAUUGGUCAAGGUGGUGCGUUGCUGCCUUCUCCACAUCAUCCACAAAGGGCGCUACAUCACUGCCAACCGACGCAGCAUCUUCUUCCGAGUAGCUCACAACGCGGGAGAGAUGGAGGCCUACUGCAACGCCCUGUGCCAGCUGCGUGCCCUGCUCUACCUGGCCCAGCGCAUGCUACAUGACAACAGCCAUGGCAACCUCUUCUUCCAGGAUGAAAGUGGCCUCAGCGAGAGCUUCGUCCGCGAGUACUCAUCCAUGCACAAGGGGUGCUUCUAUGGCCGUUGCCUCGGAUUUCAGUUCACUCCAGCCAUCCGACCCUGUCUCCAGACCAUUGCUAUCGGCCUUGUGGCCUUUGGAGAAAACUACAGACGCCAUCAGUCAGGAAUAGGUGUAGCAGCCAGCUCUUUCUUUACCUCAGGAAAGUACGCCAUUGACCCAGAGUUGAGAGGGGCAGAAUUUGAACGCAUCACUCAGAACCUGGACGUCCAUUUCUGGAAGACCUUCUGGAACAUAACUGAGACUGAGGUGCUGUCGAGUCUCGCCAGUAUGACAUCCACUCAAGUGAAGGUGAACCGUGCUCUUUCUGUGCCUCCCGUGCCCUUUGACCUUCCCCUGGCGGCCAACCACAGAGCGUCUGUAACUGUAGCUCCACCGUCAGCGCACAUCGGCACUGCUCCUGUUCAGAUGAGGCUCAUCUCUUAUGACUUACGUGAAGGACAGGACAGUGAGACUCUGCUAUCUCUCUCCCGAUCUGAGGGGGGCGCCAUCUCUCUGUCACUUGGGCUGAAGACCAAGCGCCUACCUUCAUCUCCCUGCCUCCUGAUCCACUUCCACGGGGGAGGCUUUGUGGCCCAGACCUCCAAAUCCCAUGAGCCCUAUCUGAAGAGUUGGUCCCAGGACCUCGGUGUCCCCAUCCUGUCAGUGGAUUACUCUCUGGCCCCUGAGGCCCCCUUUCCCAGGGCUCUGGAGGAGUGUUUCUAUGCCUACUGCUGGGCUCUGAGGAACCACCACCUACUAGGCUGGACGGGAGAGAAAGUUUGUCUGGCUGGUGACAGCGCGGGAGGCAACUUGUGUGUGACAACGUCGAUGCGUGCUGCAGCCUUCGGUGUGCGAAUGCCAGAUGGCAUCGUGGCAGCCUACCCGGCUACCCUGCUGACUGCCUACGCUUCACCCUCCCGUCUGCUAACACUUAUGGAUCCCCUGCUGCCGCUCAGUGUGCUCUCCAGGUGUCUCAGCGCCUACGCAGGCAAUGAGCCGCAGGCAGAGAAGCAGGUAGAGAAAGUGAGCACACUGAGCUUGGUGAGGAGAGACACAGCUCUGCUGCUCCGAGAUUUCCGACAGGGAGCGACCAACUGGAUCCACUCUCUGCUGGAUCCCAACAGAGCCUCAGCCUCCCCCAGCACAGAUGCAGAGGCGGCACCAGGAGCCACUGACACAGUGAGGAAGAGCAUUUCAGAGGCGUCCAUUUCUUCUCCUCAUGCAGACCCCCCUGUACCAUCAGAGUCCUCUGAGUUCCCCACCAGGAAAUUAUCUGUGAAGAGCCAGACUUGCCAGGACUUAGGAUCCCACAACUCCACCUCCCACAGUGCACCACUGCUGUCUGAGCGCACUCCAGAAGAUGUAAAUUUCUUCCUCUCCAAGGAUGGCAAUUCCUCUAUUUCCAGCGACCUGUCUUCAGUGGCCAUACCACCCCCUGCUGGUGAGGAGGGAUCAGAGGGGAGGGAGUUUCCCUUGGGGUUCGAACCACUGCGCUCAGAGCAGCUGGCUGAGAUGAGGGUCGAGAGCUCUCCAGUGGUCAAGGAUCCAUUCUGCUCCCCUCUGCUGGCGCCCGAUAGCAUGCUGAAAGGACUGCCACCUGUACACAUAGUGGCUUGUGCAUUAGACCCCAUGCUGGAUGACUCUGUGAUGUUUGCCAAGCGUUUGAGGAACAUAGACCAGCCUGUCACUCUCUGCAUAGUGGACGACCUCCCCCAUGGCUUCCUCAGCCUAUCGCAGCUCUCCAGGGAGACGAGGGAGGCUGCUAAUGUCUGCGUGGAGCGAAUUCGUGCUGUCUUUACCCAGAAGGAAACACCCCCUGAGCCACGCAAGCACCGCAAGCUGGAACGGACCGAUAGGGGUGUGUCAGUCUCUUCUGGGGAAGCUGGUUCUCUCUUCGUCGGCCCCAUUGAGGGAGGCGAGCUAGCUGUUGGGAGAGGGGCUAAAAUGGCUGAUGGGGAGGACUUGGUUGCUGUGGCAGCCCAGAAUAACAGUGAUGCUGGUGGUGUUGGGGCUUAAAUAAGGUUAGGUUUAAAAAAAAAAAAAAAAAAGAAAAAGAGAGAGAGAUACUGCAGUUCACCCGAGGAGUGAAGGGAGAAAGAGUAGAUGAAGGUCAGACAAAUUUAGGCAAUCCAAUGCCUAAAAGGAGAAGAGAGAAAGCAUCCUGAAAAACAGUUAGGGUGGGUUGUGUGUGUAUCGGGAGGGAUGGGGUGGGGGGCAGUCUAGGAGACUGCUCUGUGUUUGAGAGACAGAAAAAAUAGUAAAGAAGCACUGAAAUACAAUUUCCUCUGCUUUACAAUCCUUGUCACUUGCCUGUGCACCAUCAUGCACCGACACAAAUCUGGCAGACGAAACGAGCACACCCACAAAAGACUGCCAUGUUUUAGAAUAAAAUGGUAGUUGUAGGGACUACUUCGAUCAAAGACCAGCACUCACCCACGCAUGCAGCACACAUACUUAACAGAGUUGCUGUUAGGCAGCAGAGUCUCGGACAUAAGGCAGCACAGAAGAUUCUUGAGACAAACCUGAAUGGGUGAUUCAUCUAGUCCAAGGCAGUCAUUGAGACUCUAAUCAGAUAGGGGAAGGCACACUAUAUGCUUCUGUAUAGAGUCAUCCCCAUCAAAAUGGCUACUUGUCCUUUAGGGAGCCAUUCUAAAUCACACUUAAUAACUUCACAUUGUGUUCUCCAUUACGCCAGUUUGGCAGUCAUUACAGCUCACUUUGUGGAUAGUAACUCUGUUGACUGUCUUCCAAACAGAUUUACGAAGCUAAAACACAACAGACUAAAAGGCUCUAAACUGGAUGAAUUGAUUUACUCGCUCCUUGAGAUUCUGUUACAGUUUUUAAUCUUAUUAUUAAUCCUUGCAGUAGUAUUACUUUUGUUAUUUAUAUCAGUUUUCUAUUGCUGUAUUAUUAUCCCUGAAUCAUGACAGAUUUGUUUUUUGAUUUGUACACUAUUUUGUUAAGUGUAAUCUUAUGCUGUUUAUUCCACAUUUUCGAAUGUGCUCAAUAUUUACCUCUGCUUCUUAAGCAACAACUGCUCUGACGUCCCUGGCCUUUCCAAUUAAACUGAAGUCCUACUCUCAGUAAUGCAUACUGAUAAGAUAGAGUAAAUGUAGAAUAUUACACAGGGACAAAGUGCCCUCUCUAGAUGCUGCCUAGUGCUUUUUUUGUAGAGGCGAUAUUACUAAUGCAAAGAUUAUAUUUUAUUGAUUGCUACAGUGAAAUUUGUGGAGAUGCACUGAGAUGCAUUAUUUUAUGAUCACAAGUACUUGAAAACGUGGGUCCCAUCUUUAUAAGUCUUUCGAGAACAGUCCUAGCUGUCAGAGCUUCUGUUAGAUGCAAAAUGUUUUUCAUUUUUAUUAUUUUAAAACUGGAAACGGUUGCUCAACAUUCCCCUACUGUAGAACUGGAGUAAGUGAGAUAGGGGCAGCAAAAAGCCCAGCUUUCCGCUAUCAAUACACAUUUUAAACUUCACUGCACUGAUAUCCUCUCAGGUUGUCCCUGUUCCUCACCAGGCGUUAUUGCUCACUACUUCUCUGCACAGUAUGCAGUGUGUCAAAGUACCAUUUCUCUUAAGCCAGGGGAUUUCCUGCCUGACAACUUGUUUCUACAAAUCAGAGGUUUUUAGGCAAAGCUUAAGGGCCCUGAGCAAGAAAAAAGAUUGCAAGAGUGUAAAAGCUGUUGAACUUGUAUUUGGCCAACUAAAAGUGGCUGGUGGUCCAGAUUUUUUUUGCUCCCCACCAUCACAUUUGGGGUUGUCUUCAAUAAACCGAAGCCGCUCCUCUGAGCGUUUUUGCCACUGAAGCACUUUGAAGUACACAGAAACGUCCUUUGGAGGGUCAGUCCCUCUAUCAGGUCCAACUAAAUAUAGAUGCCAAAAUGCUGGCACUGUCCUGCCCUUGCCUGGUAACAGGGUUGGGGUUGCCAGGUCUGUAGAGAGAGAUGCUGUGUGAUGAAUAGGAUUUAGCUGAAGCUUCGAGUGCAAAAUCCCCCCCCCCCCCCCCUUGUAGAAGAGCUGAAUUUUCAGCAGCAAAGUCAUGCUACCGGAUUAGACCAUGCUCGGUUCUGUCAGAUCGGAGUACUUACUGCAAUAUUUUUAGUCAGAUUGAUGGAGAAAACCAGGGCUGUGAAGAGGAAGAAAGUAAUACACUCAUCCUCUCUGAGAUGCUGGGCUGAAUUUUGUACUUGCUUUACUAGCCGCUGUUUAUGCUCACUCUGCACUUUUGCAGUAGUUGGUUUGUCGAUCUGUGCAAGUUUUUUUUUUUUUUUUUUUUUUUUUAGGCUUGAGCUUGUAUACAUGUCACUGUUGUUUUUUUUUUAAAAAAAAAAAUCUUUGCUUUGUGCCUGUAUGUGUGGCUGGAUCAAGUGGAGUCUGUGUUCGUGUGACCACUCACUGCAACAGCACAGUAGUCUCUGGCGUGAGGAACAUGAGCUUACACAUGGGCACGUCCUCUUUUGUUUGUGUUGUACGUUCACACAAAGACGGGAAAGGCACUUUACAGUCAAGAGACUAUUCAUAGUAUUAAUCAUCUGUUGUUGAGAUCAACCACUUUGAUGUGUUCAAGGCUCUUUUUGUCUGUGAUAUACAUCAGCUUGAUGUCAUCAUACUGUAAACACCACUGCACAUGAAACUCAGAGUCAGUGGUCGAUAGCACUUUCUUGUAUGAAUUAUGUGAGCUGCGAGAAAACUUUUUAAAAAAAUGUGUCAAAUCCAUUCACUUGCUGUUUAUUGACCUCCAUAUGCCUCUUACCCUUGAUGAUCACUCAUGCAUUAGGCUUAAUGCAGGUGACAGACCAUUUGGUGUUUCGGACAGUUGUCCUACAUGUCUGCUGUCAUCAGUUUUACUUGUACUUUUGUCAUUUCCUGGCAUUUUUGUGGAUUCAGCUGAUGCUUUAAUGCUGCCAGCAACUUUGAGCUGAAAUGUUUAUUCAGUAUUGUUUUAAUUAAUGUUGCUGCUUCAUGGGGUGUUGAUGAUCCACAGAGCAACUUUAUAAUCACAAAUCGUCCUUGUGAGUACAAACUAGUUCUGGUAGUUCAUUGUAAUGCUAUUUUUAUUUGGAGUUGUUCAAUUAUCAGGUUGUACUGCAUACCUCUGUUGUUUUCCUCUUUAAAAGCUCUACUCUCUUGUGCUUUUUUUUGCCCCAGGCUGAUUUAGGUGGAGUGCAAUGCAAAAAAAAAAAAAAAAAAAACUCUAAACAAGAGCUAGCUGCUUCAACCAUUAGAUCAAUAUACACGAAAGCUAUGCAGUUACACGCCAGAAACACGUAAUUCUUCUUGUCCAAGUCUUUUUGUUUCCUCAGUCAGAAAUGCAGUGAUGCCGUUUCAUGCUGUGCAAUGUGUUUGUGUAAACUUUACAAGAUUCCUCAAAAUCUAGUUUGGUCACAAAUGCAUCAGUGCGUUAGACCGACCGCAACUACUUCUAGUUGACUAAUGAGAAUUAGUCGUUUUAUUGAUCGGUUAGAUAUGUAUAGUUAAAGUUAAAACCAGAACCAAAGGCUGCAACCUGAGUUGUCAUAACAGAUGAACUUUCUUUGCCGUUGAGUGUUUGCUGUAAACUGGUAUCAUUUAAAAAUGCAGGUGCUAAUCAAUGUUAGAGCCUGUCUGCAGUCCAUAUGUUAAUCACUACGCACCGUAAAAUGCAAUUCUGAUGUAGACUUUGAUUUAGCCUUUUAAAAAAAAAAAAAAACAAGCCAUAGACUGGAAACAAAGCUGUUUUUAAGUUUGUUUUUGUUUUGUUUUUUGUUUAUUUUUAUCUACUUUUAUUGAAAACACCACAAGUGCAAACCUGUGAAUAAAAAAAAAAGAAUGUAUUUUAAACAUUAUAUGAUUCAUGUAGAUAUUUUUACUUUAAGAUUUGUUAAUCAGAUUGAUUGCAGAUUGAUUUGACUGCAUUUUCUUUGCAGGUUUCAUACUAGAAUGUUAUGUGUGACAUGCCACGAGCAGACUGGUUCCUCCUUUGUUGAUUUUUAUCUAAAUAAAUAUAUUCUCCCAUGAA